AUGGAGAAACCUGCAUUCGAAACUGACUGCUGUGCUGUGAACGUGGUCCUCGGGGAGGAGAAAAAGGGUCACCUCAUUCCGAACGGAAACGGGCACCAAGCUGGCGUGAACGGAAGCCUCAUUGGUGGAGCUGAAGGUACAGGAUGCGGAGCCGCACCUGGCACGAUGUCGUCAGUGGAGAAGCCAGUGCCAGGGUAUCCCGAACGAGAGCAAUGGACCAGACAGAUGGAUUUUAUCAUGUCCUGCGUUGGCUUCGCUGUAGGGCUGGGAAACGUCUGGCGCUUCCCUUACCUAUGCUACAAAAAUGGUGGAGGUAAGUUAACCAGUAGGCUAAAUACAUCAGUAAAAAGCUAAACACAAAAUCCCUAUAAUGGCUGAUGUCCCAUAAUAAAAUUCCCUAAAACAAUUGAAAAUGUGGUUGAGCCAAUAGCAUGUAGCCUUAAGAUGUCUAUGAGAGGGAUUGUAUAGACGUCAUAGCAUCCAAAGCAAUAAUCAUACGAUCAGCUCCUAUGAGAGGGCACUGCAGGCAUCUCGUAUAGCAGCAGCUCACAUUCCUACCUACUUAAUUAUUUUAGUCCAUAUCAGAAACUGUAUUAUAGAGAGGCAAUAUCGCUUACAGUGCCCACCUUUAUUUUAACGCCAGUUCAGGCUAUCUAUUUAUUCAUCAUGGUUGUUCAUCAUGAAGAUUACCGCACAGUGCACACCGUUCUCUACCCUUGAUCAGAGCGUCAGGUCGUACCUCACAUAUGGGCCUGCGUAUGACGCUGUGUGAGGGGGGUGGAUGUGGGUGAGUCCGGUGUAGCAUUUGUAUACACAUAAUGUUGCUGGAGAAUGUCAGAACAGAACUCACAUUGCCACUGUAUUAUCAUUAUCAUUGGUGUUAAAUGAAUUGCCAUAUGAAAAAAAAAUAUAUAUAUAAUUAAACUGACCUAUCCAUUUACAGAUGAAUAGUCUAAAUUUCAAGAGAUGAUACAUUCAACAUGCACAGUGCUUGGAUAGAUUGGCCGUGAAACGACAUGGAAAUUAUAUUUUUGUUCCCACAUCAAAACAGAAUUUAGUUUGUGUAAUAAACACUACAUUAAAACAUGACAUAUGGCUGUCAAUAGAAACCUGUGUGUAGACUAGAUUGUGGACAUAGCCUGCACACCUUUCCAUUGAAAUGGACAAAAAGCAAUACCAUUAUCAGCUGAACAUCUCAGACCAGGUUCGGAUCUAAAAAGUCAGUGGACCAAACAAUUGGAUCUUCUUGUAGUUUCAUUAGAUUGAAAUUGCAUUUAUUGAGAAGACAAUGUGAUACACUCUACAGGCAAGUCCUUCAUAACGUCCUUUCCUAGGUAGGCCUGUUUCGACACCCUUAGCGGGUCUGCCUACAGGCUGGGAGACCAGUAAGGGCUUUUACACUGUCGUUGUUUGCAAAUUUCGCUGUGCCUUGGGGGCCAUCGAAGAGGUGUGCACACGUGAGGGACUUAGUAUAGUGAAGCGUUGGAACACGAUGUCCUGAACGGUGGGGAUAGUGUAUCAAACUUUGCCUAGGUAGGCCUGUUACGAUCCCCCCAAAAUAGUUAAUCCUUAUUGGAGCAGGGGUUAGCAGGUCUGCUUAUAGGAGACCCGGGUUCGAGAUGAGGUCGUUAGUUCGCAAAGAAACGCUACAAUAGUAUAAUGAUGAGGUGUGUCUAAAAUAUGAAUGUGUGAUUAAACAGAGAUGCAGUGUAUCUGCCUCAGUGAAAUAGCUGUCUCCAUGUGCCCCCAAUCAUCUGGGUAGCAGCUAAAAUGUACUUAAUGAAUGAAGGAUUUGUCUCACUGAAUAAGCGAUGCUUUUGGGUUUUUUAAAUAAGUGGCAGUUUGAAUUAAACUACAUAACCAUGCACUAUCUUUUUUUAUAGAGUGAUGGAUUUGGACGGAUUUCAUGAAAAACUGGAAGUGGAAUUCGUCACUGUCUGUCAAUUAAAGUAUGGUGGUUCGGCUUCCAGAUAGCUCAGGAUCACCAACCAGAGUAACAAUAUAUAUUUAGUGUAAAAAAUGAAACCAGAGAGGGGAAUCUAAAUAAAUACUGUCUAUAUGCUACACAAAUAUUUGGUUGGUGUAUAGAGUUUAAAAAUGGGUGAAGAAUGAAAUUCCUCUGUUGAAUCCCUCAGGUUAAAACUUGUAUUAGGGCUCUGCUUGGUGUUGUUAUUACACUUGGGAUCAAUGAGCAACGUCAUCUGGAUAAAGUUUCUAUGUAUCCAUCCAACUGUUUGGAUAAAGGAUAUCUCUGAGGCAGUUCAGGGUGACCUUAACAAGAAAAGGGCACGGCAACCAGCUGGUGGGAACUGUAAGAGAAAACAUAAAUUCUGUAAAAAAAAACAGACAUUCAGUUGUGACCUGACAGCGAGAGAAAAGAGAUGUUAAAGAGAUAGUAGUGAGCGUUGGGUAAUCCCUUACAUUUUCCUCUUAAAAAAUACUUGUUUUACCCCCAACUAGGAGCUCCAAGGUAACAUGAAGACGUUCUCCUAGUUCAGGUUGCCAGACUCAGUGUGUGUCUCUGGAUUUGUGUAAAUGUCCUUGGAGACCCCUCCAGGGUUCUGCCAAAUCAAAUCAAACUGCCCAAGUUGAAAAGGUCUUGUUCACACAGACAGAACCAAGCUGCUGCAGAGUGGAUCUAAUGAGAUGGCAUCUCUGCCAUUCCUCAACUACAACAAUGCACUGUGAGGGUGUUUGUCAGUAGGCUACCUUUAAUGCCCAGGUACAUUGGAUACAUUUCAUUUUCUAAAUUGAUGGUAUCCAUCACUCAAGUGAUACUUGGGUUUAAGUCUCUUUAAAUCUCUUUCCUAUUCCCAUCAGUUGUAACAUGACAGGUGGAUUAGUUGCCAUGGCAAAUCAUCUGCUUUCUUCGCCAGACAUUGUUGUCACAAUCCUUAUAUUAGCAUAUUUUGACUUGUUAUAAUACACACACAAAUGUAGUUGCCAAGUGCAAGUAUCUUCUUUCCCUGUCAGGAAGUAUUGUUAAACAUUCUAUGAUUUCUCUGUAUAUUGUAGUCCAUUUUAUGACCAUUUUUAUGAGGUCUAUGCCAUCAAAGCAAUAUUACGACAUAGAAGUCUACUCAAAGUACAGUUGCCUAUCAACAUCAUACAUUUUACAAUAUUCACCAUUCUUCAUAUCUAUCAGCUACCAUAUCGGUAACUUUCCUAUUAUCACAUCCCUAAACAUAUAUAUGGGUUCAUAGCACGCAGCACAGGUGAUAACUCUUCUCUGAGAGUUUGUCUGGGAGCUGUGUGAUUAUAGGGUUCUCCUGUGAGGAGGGGGUGCCUUCUCUCUAGCCAGGGCAGCACUGUACUGCGUAGCCUGGCCUCCUCAGCAGCGGCAGCAGUUAGCACCCAGUCAGACAGCAGCCUUCCAGCCUGUAGAUUUACGAGCUCUGCAGUGAGCUCUCUGAUUGUCCUUGGCAGUGUGUCUGCAGCCGUGCAGCGGACUGCGUGUUCUCAUCAGAGCAAAGGACCCGAGCAUUUAAACCAUGUUACCCAGCAGUAAUGCCCUUUGGCGUUACACUGCAGUGAAUAUUGUCAGAAGCUUCUUUUUCAUAUUUCGGUCAUCAGAUGAGGUCAUGCAUGGUAUCAGGCAGACUGAGUAUGCCCUUGUGUUGUUUUUAGACCUUCUUUUGAAUGAUAACCGUAAAGGGAUUGUCAGACAGAGGUCUAAGUAAAGCACUUAGUCAUUUGUCAUCUUUUGUCAAAGAAUACAUUAUAUGUUGAAUUUAUGUUAUCUUUUUACACAGCAAUCUAUUAAGUUUAUUUUCUGACAGCUUCAGUUAUCCAUCAACUAUUUAUUAGCAGAGUAACGCUCUUUGGCACAGUGUCUAAUCAGCGUACGUCACACUAUCGACCAUCAUGUUGGCUUGCCUUUUGCAAGUGAGUCCAACGUGUGAACGGGUGUGAUGCGCAAACUGCAGGGUUACAGUACGCUGGCCCUUUGCCUUGAGUGACAUCAUCCCCUCACCCCACGUAGACGGGCGAUUAUGAAGAGUGUCUGUUAAUCUUUUAAUCUCCUUUCUCUGACUGGGAGCUGGUGUGGAGUGGUGUGGUUUGGUGUUGUGUGGUGUGGCAUGGUGCGGUCCGGUGCGGUGUUGUGUGGGCUAUGGCUCAGCCUCAGGCAGGUAAUGGUAGGCUAUAACCCACAGGUAGGUUAGCUCACUGCUCUGGGGAUAUAUGUAACACUAUACCACAUGAUGUCACUUCAGGUUAGCAAUGCAUUCGGGCAAAUGUCAUGUGCUCUCUGACCUGGCGUUUAGAUAAGGCAAUUACACCCUGUACAUCUUUUCUGAAUGAUGUUCAUGCUGGUGUAGUGCAGCAGAGAGAAUUCAUGUUCAAUAUUGUUGCGUUCCAAUAAUCUCUCCUUUCUCCCAUGUGCACUGUGCACUUGUUCCCUACUCCCCACAAAUGUAAAAACAUUGGAUUGGUGGAGGCAUGGGCUGGAGGGAGUUUCCAUAUACCAUUCAUUACCUUUCAAAUCCAUGAGGAGAAGUGAACAAGUGCACACUUCGGGAGAAGUUAGAGAUUAUUGGGAUGCAAUUUAGGUUUUGUGGUGAUCUUUGCAGUGUGGCCUGUGUAGUCAUGAUAAUUAACUAACAUACAUGGUAUCUCUGCUUGAACGAAGCAACAUAAAGGCACCGUCUUUUAUGUUUGAAAUGUAAGCUAAUCUUUUCUUUUCACGUAUUUAGGACACUGCAGUUAUUUCUUUUUUGGAUGCACAAGUAAGUCUGGCAACAACCUACUGUGCAUUAAAGUGGUGUGCCAAUCUCUUGUGCCGUAAUCUCAUUGUAAGCAACAUAUCCACUAACAUGGAGAUGACCAAAGGGUGAUCUGUCCAAGCUUACUGGCUCUCUUGAGAGUUGAAAAUCAGGCUUCAUGAGUAACAUAUAAAGUAGGGCACUCAGUUGUAGGGAAAGCUAAGCUGUACAAAAUAAGAGAUGAAUGAUGAUUAUUGUGUGAUUUUGACAGCAUAACACAAUGUCAUUUUACAAAUCAAUACAAUUUUCAUUUUUUUUUUGUAGUUGCUUCAGGAGUAAUUUCGCAGGACCCUACAAAAGAUUGCAUGUGUGCAUGGAAGAUACCAUUUCCAUGUGUAUGUUAGGGGGGGAGGGUGUAGGUAGGGUUACACAUUUCGGGAACUUUCAAUACAUUUCAUGGUUUCCUGAAAUCCCGGUUGGAGGAUCCUGGACUCAGGAAGGAAUAAGCAGGAAAUCCGGAAUGCUCCAACCAGUUCCUGGAAUUUUGCAACCCUAAGUGUAGGGGAAUAUUUAUAUCUUGUCAUGUACACCAGAAUAGUAAGUCAAAUCCAAGUCCACUCAUGUCCCAUUGGAGCUUUAUCAGUGUUUUGAAGCUUGUUAUAGGCAGGGCCCAGGGAUCACCUGACAAAAGUAUGCACCUGCUGCUCUAAUCUUGGUUAACCCAGAACAAAGAUCUAGCGUAGUUUGGUCAGAUUUACGUAGUCUGUCCACAAGAGAUUACACCUGGUCUAACCAACCUCAGUUGUACCGCUAUAUGCUGCAUUCGCUGCUCCUGUUAGUUCACUCAACUAACCCGAAAAAGGGAUUCAGAGGCCUGUCAAUACUUAGCGUUCAGAGCUGCUUCCGACACUUACUUAAUCAAGAUUAGAAAGCUUAGGACAUGCCUUAUGUACCUGAAUUGGUUCUCUAUUUGUGUGACUCCAUGUUUCAGUUUAAAGGUGAGCCUUCCUCAGGUUACUAUGAAUAACCUCACCAAAAGUUAAGUAUACCAAAUAUUGUGUUUUCUUACUCUCUGAAAACACGUAGAAUUGUUGUAAUUCAUUAGCAUUUUUUUUACUUUAAAGAUGUCUAUUUAGUGAAAAGAGAAUGACAGUAUCAGUAAUUAUCAUAGCUAAUACAUACAUAAUAACUAUAUGGUGAGGUUAUUGCAUCUCCCAGCCAGGCAGGACCAUGUUCACCAUAAUCACAUAACUAGCAUGUUCACCAGUGGUAACAGCAUUACCUCAGUGGGAGAUGAGCAGCACCUUGUGGACUAAUAGCUCCCCUCUCUAUCUAUCUAUCUAUCUAUCUAUCUAUCUAUCUAUCUAUCUAUCUAUCUAUCUAUCUAUCUAUCUAUCUAUCUAUCUAUCUAUCUAUCUAUCUAUCUAUCUAUCCGCUAGCUAACUGUUUAUUUAAGAGGCUGAGCAGAGUCUCAGUCAGGUGGCUCUGCUAGCUCUGACUGGAGUCACGACGCACUACGUAGUUCCUUCCCCUUCUGCGCCACAGGCACCGUCUGUCUGACUCACCGGCAUGCCGUCAGUGAGUCGGUCCUGUGUCUGUCUCUGCAUCUGUGCUUGUGUUGUGUGUGUGUUGUGUGUGUGUGUGUGUGUGUGUGUGUACACUCUCAUACAUAAUCACCGCCGCUGCUUCUAUAGCAAAUGCUUUGUUUGGAAAUUAACAGCCAUUUACAUCAGCCCUCACAAAGCCCACAUGACUACACAUUUUAUAGAUGCUUGAGAUGUGAAUGAAUACGCUCUCGCCAUACACAGAGAGAGAGAGAGAGAGGUCAGCUAUUCUUCCCUCUGAUGCUGGAAUCUUUCUUUCAGAUCAAAGAUUCCCCAAUCUUACUGAGUUUGUCAGGCGGCUUCAAUACAUUACAUUUACAUUUACGUCAUUUAGCAGAUGCUCUUUUCCAGAGCGACUUACAAAUUGGUGCAUUCACCUUAUGAUAGCCAGUGGGACAACCACUUUACAAUACAGCAGUAAUGGCAACAGUCUCCUCUUAAAUAAACCGCUUUAGCCUUGAAAAUAAUCACACCCUGUAGAAAUAGCUGUUCACACGUUUUCCCAUGAAUAGAGGGUGCUAUUAUGUGUUCUUUUCAGUCACGCCCUAGAUAUGUAUUGAACUGGAUGAAAGGAUUGUGAUUGUGUUCUCAGGCUGCUUUACAUGCUGUGAGACCCAUUGCUAAUUCAGAUUGGUUUGUCAACCCCAUCCUCUUCACAAAGGAGAGCCUUUGCUUCUGCGCAUCCAUGUAUUCUUUCUGUCAGGGAGAAAUUGGCUGUUUCCACUAGCCUGCAGAGCCCACGUUACACAACGGGUGGUGCUUUUUAUAACGCAGCCCAUGGCCCUCCCCGGCGCUCGCCGUCAGCCUAUCAGGAGACCUCUGGGCUGGAGGUGACGUCAUCUCAGCUUCAUUCAGUGCAGCACAUUGUUCAAUGGAUAAUCUGCAUUAAAGGCUGGAGCAGGAGCCGACUACCACUGCAAAGCCCAGCCCCCUGUCCCUCCCUCACACCACCCCUCCCUCCGCCUUCCUUGCUCCACCCCCCAGUCCCCCAGCCAGUCCUAAGCCGCUACCGCUGCUGAUGUUAAUUUGGAAUCAGUCAGCCAUGCCGUUAUUACUGUUGAUGGUUUGCUGUGUUCCUAGACCCUGUUUGAUGCAAGCCAAUGCAGCAAACAGCAUCACAGUCCCAUUUUAACAUACUGGAGUGUAGGCAUACGUAGGAGGGGUGCCGUGAGCAUACGUGUUUUCACAGAUAAAAUGGACUCCCCUUCUGUGCCAAUUAGUGGAUGAGACUGAAAUAUGCACUCCCUGCUCACACCAAGUUCUACAAGGCCAUUAAAAAAUGUAACUAGAUGGUAACUUAACAUGAAGUAAAGUUGUGGGGCUUGCUUUAGCUCUUUAAGAAGAAGUUUAAAGCUAUUAAAAUGUAAUGAGAACACCAAAAUAUAGCUGCAUAGACUAUAAGGUAGAAGGUUUCAUGUUGCGUCCAUUUGUUACCAUUUGAUGACGCAGAGUGAUGUUUUCUUUAGGGAACAUAAGAGCGGGCUGUAGUAAUGGGUAUCCUAAUGCGUUGUGCAGCACAUACAUCCCCCAUGGUGACCUAAGGACUGUAUUGCUCUACUGCUCCAUUGAUCACCUGUCUGUUUGUCCCCCACAGGAGUGUUUCUGAUUCCCUACCUCAUUAUUGGGGUUGUUGGGGGGAUUCCUAUAUUCUUCCUGGAGAUUGCAUUGGGACAGUUUAUGAAGGCUGGCAGCAUCAACGUGUGGAACAUCGCACCUCUAUUUAAAGGUACUGAAUAUUUUGCUCUCAGCAGUUUGUGUGGCUGCUCUGAAACAUUCGUACAGACAUUUGUCAAGUCUUUUAACUGAUCCUUUCAAAUAGAAAAGCAGUUAUUUCGCAGACACUCACAGCUGUGGCCUACCUACUAUGUAUUCCUCUAUCGUUUUAUUCAAAUAAUUUUUACACCUUUGUUACAUUAAAAUCAAGGCAGUUCCAAUGUUCUCACUGAAAUUGACAUUAUCGUAUAAGCAAGCUUUGUCUGAAAUUGACAUUAUCGUAUAAGCAAGCUAUGUCUGAAAUUGACAUUAUCGUAUAAGCAAGCUAUGUCUGAAAUUGACAUUAUCGUAUAAGCAAGCUAUGUCUGAAAUGGACAUUAUCGUAUAAGCAAGCUAUGUCUGAAAUGGACAUUAUCGUAUAAGCAAGCUAUGUCUGAAAUGGACAUUAUCGUAUAAGCAAGCUUUGUUUGUCUCUUCAGUGCUAAACACUAAGCGGUUUAAUUGCUCCUUAUUCUUCCAGGACUGGGGUAUGCCUCCAUGGUCAUAGUGUUCUUCUGUAACACCUACUACAUCAUGGUCCUAGCCUGGGCUUUUUACUAUUUCAUCAAGUCCUUCAACGCUACCCUGCCCUGGUCCACCUGUGACAACCCCUGGAACACACCCAGCUGCAUCGAGAUCUUCCACCAUGAAGACUGCCUGAAUGGCACCAUCGGCAACACUACCUAUGGCAACAUGACAUGUGAGGAGCUGGCAGAUGGGCGUUCUCCCAUUAUUGAAUUCUGGGAGUAAGUUCUUUACUCACUCUAUCCCAAUGGAAAAACACACUAUUAUAUUAUAUACCAUAAUUAUAUACUAUAAUUAUAUAAAUGUAUAUUAUAUACUGCCAAUAAAUCUCUUUAUGAAUCAAACUACAAUGGGUAAGAUGCAGCACAAUCCCCACUGGGCAAAAACUGGUUGAAUCAACAUUGUUUCCACAUCAUGUUAACCAACUAAAUCUAUGAAGUGAAUAAGGGCAUUUUGUCUUUUUUUUUUACCCAACUUAACCUAAAUCAAAUGACAUGGUGAAAUAUUUUGUUGAUUUCACAUUGAAUUCACGUUAGUUGACAACUCAACCAAAUGUAAAUCAAAAGUAGACGUUGAACUGAUGUCUGUGCCCAGUGGGUCUUGACUGUUAUAAUCGAAAGUUCUAAGAAUAAUACAUUGUUAUUUGUCAGUUACAGUUAAUUAUUUGAAAUAUUUUGCAGGUCUUCGCUUAGAAAAGUGAUUUUAGUAAUUGGUCCACAGCAUGAGUGUCCUUUGAAUGCUCUGCUAUUAAAGAGCAGUGUGACAGAACUGGUUAGCGUUCUGAUUUGGAAACUAAUUUGUCCUCUGCCCAGUUCUUCAGCCCUCUCUGUUCCUCUAGUCCUCACCAUAGCUCUCUUUGAUGGUCAUCGAGGUCAUCACAUUUAAUGUGCUCAUGUGAUCCCUGUUGUUCCCACUCUCCCUUAUGGCAUGUGCAGGCACAUACAGUUGAAGUCGGAAGUUUACAUACACUUAGGUUGGAGUCAUUAAAACUAGUUUUUCAACCACUCCACAAAUUUCGUGUUAACAAACUAUAGUUUUGGCAAGUCAGUUAGAACAUCGACUUUGUGCAUGACACAAGUAACUGUUUACAGACAGAUUAUUUCACUUAUAUUUCACUGUAUCACAAUUCCAGUGGGUCAGAAGUUUACAUACACUAAGUUGACUGUGCCUUUAAACAGCUUGGAAAAUUCCAGAAAAUGAUGUCAUGGCUUUAGAAGCUUCUGAUAGGCUAAUUGACAUCAUUUGAGUCAAUUGGAGGUGUACCUGUGGAUGUAUUUCAAGGCCUACCUUCAAACUCAGUGCCUCUUUGCUUGACAUCAUGGGAAAAUGAAAAGAAAUCAGGCAAGACCUCAGAAAUCUUUUUUUACACCUCCACAAGUCUGGUUCAUCCUUGGGAGCAAUUUCAAACGCCUGAACAAUAGUACGCAAGUAUAAACACCAUGGGACCACGCAGCCGUCAUACCGCUCAGGAAGGAGACGCGUUCUGUCUCCUAGAGAUUAACGUACUUUGGUGCGAACAUGCAAAUCAAUCCCAGACCAACAGCAAAGGACCUUGUGAAGAUGCUGGAGGAAACGGGUACAAAAGUAUCUAUAUCCACAGUAAAACGAGUCCUAUAUCGACAUAACCUGAAAGGCCGCUCAGCAAGGAAGAAGCCACUGCUCCAAAACCGACAUAAAAAAGCCAGACUACGGUUUGCAACUGCACAUGGGGACAAAGAUUGCACUUUUUGGAGAACUGUCCUCUGGUCUGAUGAAACAAAAAUAGAACUGUUUGGCCAUAAUGACCAUCUGUAUGUUUGGAGGAAAGAUGGGGAUGCUUGCAAGCUGAAGAACACCAUCCCAACCGUGAAGCACGGGGGUGGCAGCAUCAUGCUGUGGGGGUGCUUUGCUGCAGGAGGGACUGGUGCACUUCACAAAAUAGAUGGCAUCAUGAGGAAGGAAAAUUAUGUGGAUAUAUUGAAGCAAAUUCUCAAGACAUCAGUCAGGAAGUUAAAGCUUGGUUGCAAAUGGGUCUUCCAAAUGGACAAUGACCCCAAGCAUGCUUCCAAAGUUGUGGCAAAAUGGCUUAAGGACAACAAAGUCAAGGUAUUGGAGUGGCCAUCACAAAGCCCUGACCUCAAUCCUAUAGAACAUUUGUGGGCAGAACUGAAAAGGCGUGUGCGAGCAAGGAGGCCUUCAAACCUGACUCAGUUACAUCAGCUCUGUCAGGAGGAAUGGGCCAAAAUUCACCCAACUUAUUGUGGGAAGCUUGUGGAAGGCCACCCGAAAUGUUUGACCCAAGUUAAACAAUUUAAAGGCAAUGCUACCAAAUACUAAUUGAGUGUAUGUAAACUUCUGACCCACUGGGAAAGUGAUGAAAGAAAUAAAAGCUGAAAUAAAUAAUUCUCUCUACUAUUAUUCUGACAUUUCACAUUCUUAAAAUAAAGUGGUGAUCCUAACUGACCUAAGACAGGGAAUUUUUACUAGGAUUAAAUGUCAGGUAUUGUGAAAAACAGAGUUUAAAUGUAUUUGGCUAAGGUGUAUGUAAACUUCCGACUUCAACUGUAAGUGCCUUUGUCAUGGCAGCAGAUAGCAAAAGCCAAAGGUGUUACUGACCAACGUGGCUUUUAUUGGGGACAAAGGGCAGACUUUUGUUACAGGAGUAGAGCAUCACGCCGUUCAUUUUCUAUCCUGUAACUUGGACAAAGCAUGUCGUUUUCAUAUAGUUUUAUUCUAUGACCCCCCCCCCCCCCCCUCUCCCCAGGCACAAGGUGCUGAACAUCUCACAAGGGCUGGACUACCCAGGUUCCAUCAACUGGGAGCUGUUGCUGUGUCUUGCGGCAGUGUGGGUGAUGGUCUACUUCUGUGUGUGGAAGGGGGUGAAGUCCACAGGCAAGGUAACUAAUACACAUUUCUGCAGGUUCAGAAAAGCUCAUCAUUAUCUUAGUAGGUAUAUGAGCAGCACAGGACGACUGCAGUGAACACGUGACUCACUCUGGUCCUUAGGUGUCUCCUAUAGCUAACUGUUAUGUAACAGACUCUCCUCCGGCCGUGGCAGACAGAUUGCUUUACAUCAGCUCAGGUCACUGCACUGGUCUCUGAUUGGGCACCUGCAUUAGAACAACUCAUUGGCUAAUGCAGCUGCAGUGGAAGGAUAUUGCUGUGUGGUAUCAAACAUUUACAAAGUGGAAUGAUGUUAAAACAGCAAGAAAGGUUAGUGAGAAAAGUAACAAAUAGAUGUGAAAGGGGAUUCAAAUGUAUAGAUAUAGAGUUCUCCAAGAGAGAAAGGGGAGAUAGGUUUCUAAUUUAGUUCUUGCUCUGGUAAUGCCUGGCAAUCAUGAGUGAAUGAGAAGGCAUUGUGACUUUUCCCUAAGCCCACAUGACUACACAUUUUAUAGAUGCUUGAGCUGUGAAUGAAUACACUCUCGCCAUACAGAGAGAGAGAGAUUGUGAAUUUUCCCACAUAGUGCCACCCUCUCCUGCUGUGUGACAGCAAGGCAAUGACGAGGCAGUGUUGCUAUAGCAACAUCAAAAGGACAAGGGGGUGUGGCUAUCAAAUAUCACAAAGUGUCCCUGUCACAUGGUGCGUUCUGAUUGGUGGGCAGUUGGUAGGUUGACUGCAGUGCGACGUGACUGGGGCCCCGUGCGGAUAUUCCAACAGCCAUGUUCUCUGCUUGUUGAAGUGGGAUCACAUCCAAGCCACUUUAAAUGAUUUCAGUGUUUAUCUCCAGCACUGGUCCAUUUAUAUGGAGCUCUAUCAGGAUUUGUAGAUCAUUUCAUAUGUAGCAGCAAUUUCUGUCCAGAUAAUGAGUUCAACCUCUAGUGUUCAUUAACAUUUGAUUGUUUUUAUAUUUUUAUAGUAAUCAUAUUAUAAUUGAUUCAUCAUUGCGCCACCUGUACUUACAGUUUAGCUUUAAGAUAUCUUAGGGUAGGGUAGGUCAGAGCUGCUCACAUUUUAGCGAGAGGGAAUUUUGAUAGAUUUAUUAAAGGGAUAGGCUUAGUGAUGUAAUUAAUGAAUGUCAAUUAGCCAUACAUCCACAACAUUUAUAGAUGCCAUGUAUAGAAGUUCUCUCUAGUCAAUAGUAAAAUUGUUCAGGUAGGGGCCUAUUAAGGCUGGUAAUCAAAGAUAAGUGUUUGAGCAAUGAUUAUACAAAAUGGGUUUGUUAUAUGAAUAAGGGCUUGGUCGAGAAUGGGUGUCCUACAUUAGCUGUGUGUUUAAGUGGACUGGGCUGCGGAGACUAGGUAGUCAUGGCUGAAGGUGUGCCUGGGCCGCAAAGUCACAAAAAAACAAUUGGCUUUGAAAUCUAACAGCCCUGUAGAAAAUUUCUUUAUAAUACAGUGGUUCAUAUGGCACCAGGUCAAAGUUCACAGUGUUUGAAAUGUUCAGCUGAUUAGAUAAAGACUUCCACUUAGCUCUAUCUGAGCUUGUACGGGUGCUUGGUUGGCAGGGAUGUAAGAAAGAAAUGAUAUUCCCAUUGCUCAUAUGACUGUCCCCAGCAUGUGACUGUGACUGCAAUCGCCUUGUGUAAAACACCUUUGACAAAGGUAGUUCUGCAGUCUGAAAUAUGAAUGAUCAGCCAAACUGUAGUUCUGUACAGUAAAGCUCCCCACACUAUGCACGUCAAUGAAAUUACAGUGGGCUGAAAUUAUAUACAAUCAUUUUAGGUCUCCGAUUGCACCACUCUGGACAGUCUUCUCAUAAUGUGACAUCUACAGGUGUAGGAUCUUAAUUUGAAAUGUCCUGUACAGCAGGAAAUGCAAACGUGUAAUGUAUUCUAGUUUUAAAAAGGCUUCUAAAUUUAGUAAUUUCCACUUCAACAUUUUAGACUUGUAUCGACCCCUACAACCCCUACAAAAAUGAUUCACAUUUCCACACAAUAAUACACAUUUCCAGUUGCUGCAGGAUUAUUUUUUUGCUGUGAGAAACUGGUCAAAUUAAGAUCCUACACCAAUAAUCGAAAUAUCAUAUGGAUUUAGAAUAAUGACACUGGUCUCCCUGUUUCCCUGCAGAUUGUGUAUUUUACUGCCACGUUCCCCUACGUUGUCCUGAUCAUCCUCCUGGUGAGAGGGGUGACUCUUCCUGGUGCCUACGAUGGAAUCAUGUACUACAUCAAGCCUGACUGGUCCAAGCUUGGCGAGGCGCAGGUGAGACCCAUCAACCAUCCAUCUGUCCACAGUCCUAACUGUGGUGCUGUGAUGCAGAUUAAACUGAUCCGUUGUCAUUAUGGUUCCUGUCUGGCAGGUGUGGAUUGAUGCUGGCACACAAAUCUUCUUCUCUUAUGCUAUUGGGCUUGGAGCUCUCACUGCCCUAGGCAGCUACAACAGAUUCAACAAUGACUGCUACAAGUAAGUGAUAUGACAGCUGAAUGACCUCACGUUGGCCUCUUGCUGCGCUUACUGUCUCCUGUAUGAUUCUGACUUGUUUUUGUGUGAUUAUUUUCCCCUUUGUUUUUGUUUUUACUUCUGUCCAGGGAUGCCUUCAUGCUAGCGCUAAUCAACAGUGGCACCAGUUUCUUUGCUGGCUUUGUGGUGUUCGCUAUUCUGGGCUUCAUGGCAAACGAGCAGGGAGUGGACAUCUCCCAAGUGGCUGAAACAGGUAUGCAGAACACACUGAGGUUGUCUUAUAUUCUGGCAUCUCAAAACCUACCAUGGUACUGACAAGAGUGUAUUACUGAAAGCUUUAGUCCUUUAGUCCUCAUGCAUGAAACUAUUUAUUGAAAGUGUUGAUUUCAUUUUUAACGUCACAUUGGCAGCCUAUCUAGCACUGAGGAAGACAGCUGUACCUCUUUAAUAAUUUAGACCGAUUCCGGUCCUCAAAGCUUCAUCCUUAUUUUAGCCUAUGCUUGUGUUGCACUUUUGGCAGUGAAUUAUUAAUGAGAUGAACUUUCGAUAUAGAAAUGACGCCCAAAUGAAUGUGUAAAAUGGAAACUUGCUGUACAAUGUGUAAGGAUAGUUACUGUAGCAAGUCACUUCUUUACUCAACAGAAAUGUCAAGAUGAAAUAUUGUUGUUCAAUGUGUCAGUAAUGAUAUAGAAAUAUACCAACUAUCAAGAAAUGAUUGAAAUGCAUGUUUGAAUUGAGUCUGUCACCAUUUGAGAAAUUCAAACGUAAAAAUUUAUUUACAUGAACUGUAUGUAACUUGUACCUCAACCCCAAAUGUUUUCUUACUGGAGUCAACUGUAUUGAUUCACAAGGAACCCAGCAUUCUAGAAUUAAGUGUCGGUGUGUGUGUGUGUACUAGUGUGUGUGUGUGUGUGUGUGUUUGUGUACGAGUGUGUGUGUGUGUGUGUGUGUGUGUGUGUGUGUGUGUGUGUGUGUGUGUGUGUGUGUGAAUCUGGGCAUGAACAGUGUGUUUUCGUGUGUGUGUGUGUGUGUGUGUGUGAAUUCUGUGUGAUUCAAGAGAGAAUAUUCCAGGAUCUCUUGGUAUAGAGUAUGAAAGACAGUGAUGUGGAUGAUUUGUCUGUGUUUGUACGUGCUGGAAUAGAUGUUCUGUAUGAGUGUUUGACAGUGAGGGUGACACAGUGAGGAAAGAUUGAGACAUUGGCAGUGGCCAUGUAUUUGUCCAUAACAUCUAAAUUGUUGUAAGAAUGAAAUUUUUGUAUGUGGAUUAACAAGAGAUGUGUAAUUACCAAACGACUGUCACAUAUAACUGAUCAUUAUUUGUAUUAAUAGACUUUCAAAGCACAUGACAUUCACAACUAAUUCUAUCCGUUCGGUUAUUUAUAGGUUUACUGGAGAAGGUAGCAUCUGUGUGUGGCAUGCCUGACAUAUCGCAUGCUUUCACAUCAGUGCUCUUGCAUGUAACUUCCAAAAAUAAUCACAUUAGUUUGCCGAGUCAGUUAAAAGUAGUUUGUCCAUUUCCAUUCAGUGUCUUAGCUCUCUCUCUCUCAAUCAUUAUUCUAAUGUAUUCACUUAUUGAGAAUAGUAGGGAAGUAGACGUGUGACUCCAUUACUAUCUGCACAUGUUACAUGUUAUUGGCUUCAUGACAGUAGUUAUAGAUACAUAGUUGGAAACGCUGGAGUGAAUGAAAUCCAUCUCUACAUGUCACUACUUUGGAAGAUACAAUAUAUUCUUUACUAAUAGCAUCCUGAAUUAUAUUUCUAAUAUUUUUACCCUGUAAGUUUAAAUAUUAAUUAUAUUUAUUCAGGAGUACAUUGGCACUGUUAUGAUGUCGAACGACCAUGUAAAAUAGUCGUCAGCUAUGCCCAUAGCCAUGCUGUUAAGGAAUGCACACACAGCAGAGCCAUAACAAUAAACGAGUCAACUUUAGUCACUCCUCAAGUUCCCCAGUUAGUGCUGUACAUUUCCUGACUCCUCACCAACCAAACCAUGCAUGAGAUUUUCAAUUACUGGACCAUCUCAUCAAAGAGACGAUCCAACUUAAGUACAGCAGGAAGUUUAGACCUAUACAUCUUAGGGCUUGGAUUAAAUCCUUCGCAGAAGAAUAACGGAAGAUCUGCGGUAAAAUUUAAAGGUAAUUUCCGAUUGAGUCGUUUACUGUGAAUGCAGUCCCCUUGAACGCGGGAACAUUGCCUUUAAAUUUCAAUCGAGCUAUACCUCGGAUCUUCCGCGACAGUUCCGCGAUAUGGAUUGGAUCCAGCCCUUAUUUUCAUCUCAUCAGACUAGGCUAAAGUGUACCAAUUACAAUACAUUGUUUUGGCAGUAGUCAUCUGUAAAGACACCAUUGGACUGGGAUUUAACUGGAAGUACAACAAGGGUGAUCUUAGAAGUAUUAUGUCUAUAAUUUAUAAGACAUAUAAUAUAUUUGAUUAGAUAUUUUCAGCUUUAUCUGUAAAAUAUAUAGUAAAAACAUUCAAUGGGACAAUGAUGAUGGCUACAUUUUGAAAUCUGCAAUACUUUUUUAGUCUUUUGUCCUAAGGACACCCUUGGUGAACUUAACCUUAACUUAAAUAGUAUUACUCCUCUACCAUCCCCCAGCAUGAUUCUGUUAACAUAGUAGACAGACAGGGGACUCUCGACAGACAGUCUUACUGUGUUGCAGGAGCACAAUGUUGAGCAGUAUUUUGGAGGAGGCAAUUUACUAAGCACUGCUAUUUGCAGUGAAACCAAUAUUGAGUUAAUGUCCAUCUGUUACUGCCUGCCCACACGCAGAAGGAGAGAGGUGGCAAUGAAACUGAUAGGCCUGUUUAGCUGUAGUUACCCCUCUCAUUUCAACUGUACAAAUAGCUUUCUGUCACUCAAUAUUUACUAUACUGGUACUACACGAGUGCAGUUACUGUGUGUGUGUGUGUGUGUGUGUGUGUGUGUGUGUGUGUGUAUGUGUACGUGUGUGUGUGUGUGUGUGUGUACGUGUAUGUGUACGUGUGUGUGUACGAGUGUGUGUGUGAGUAUGUAUGUAUGUGUGUGUGUGUGUGUACGAGUGUGUGUGUGUGUGUGUUUGUUUGAGCGUUUGUUUAUGUGUGUGCAGGACUGUCUGUGUGAGUGUCAACAGGAGUGUGAGUUUGUGAGAAGGUACAUUAACGGAUCUAGGCCUGGUGAUUUUGGUUCAGCGUUAAGACUCCUUCUGUUUUUUUUUGCAAGUUGUACGAUCGAAAGAGAAAAACCUCCCCUUCCUCAUGAAUCUUCUUAUCCUUUUAACAGGGUUUCGGUUUAUUUUCCUCAGUCCCAUUCUAUAUGACUUGUGAUUGACAUCAGUUCAUUGAUCUAUAUAUCUCUAUAUAUAUCUAUAUUUUCGAUUUUUUUAAGUAUUAAUUUAAGGAUUAUUUAACCAGGAACUUUGCCUCUUGAGAUGUGCACAUCUCGCUUUCAAGAGGGGUCCUGGAGCUGACUACAGUUGAAGGUAAACAUCUGUUAUCUAAUGACAGCAUUUACACCUUAAUCCAGCCUAGUCAAAAUCAGAACCAAUGACUGCAUUUACCGAUCGCAGCAGAGGACAGGGCUAGAGAAAUCAAAGCAGUGACAUGACAAUAUUGUCCAAGCGUAGGCCCAAAUUCCCAAAUCUAACUUUACUAAACCCAAACACAAUAAAAACAUUAACGGUAGAACUAACUUGUUCGUUAACUGUGUGUACACACAAGACAUCUGACAAAUGCUCUGCCCCAGGCAGCAUCCCUAUAGCCAUAGCCCCAUACUCUGCAAACAUAUCGAUAGCAAUUUGCAAAACAUAUGUGUUUCAAGUUAUUUUUUUUAUUUUUUGUGUAUGAACCUUGCAGUGGUUGCUAUACCAUGUCUAGCUCUGGUGGUGAAAGUAUAGUUGCCAUUUAGAAGAUACAUCUCCACCUCUUCCAUCCCUCUCAUCUUCAAUGAAAACAUGGACCUAUAUAAUUCAAAUUUAUCUAGUGAAAUUUGUAUAGUUGAAGCAGUUGUAACUAUAAGCAAAUAUUGACCACCUCUCUCUACGCUACUUCAGUGCAGUGUGUCUAUAAACUACAACCUAAAUGAUGGUUACAACCAAGUACAGUGGAGUACAGCAAAAAUUUCUUUAUAAUGCAAAUAUGUACCAUGACCUUCAGUUUGUGAGGUCGUUAUUAUAGAUACGUUUUUAUAGGUAGUGCAGCUGUUUUUGCUUGUACUACCAAUAGUUAAGGCUAAACAAGUUUAAAUAUGCUAUUUAAACUUGGUUGACUAUACACUACCAAGUAUUUACAUAAGUCAGCACAUUCAGCCGUGUGACGCUCACCUGGCUUAAAUUAAUGUUACUAUAGCUCCUACUUAUUAAUAUGCAUUAAUAAAAAGUUUGUUUGAGCAUUAUAAGGCAUGAGCAUCAUUGCUUAUUUUGAAAGUACCUCACCUAACAAUAUUCAAACAAAAGCAUGACGUUAUACAAUGCACAUCGUUGUUAGACACUGAAAUGAUCAUUCACAUGCACACAUUAUAUCUAGCUACUGCAAUGACGCAUUUAACAACUAAAGCCACACACUACUGUUGUGUUGACGGAAUGCACAAUAACAACACUCACUAGAAUCAAACAGGAGACAAAAAGGCAGCCAACAUUGUCACAUCAGCUUUUGCACAAUAGCACCUCACUCAGGUGCCUCUCUUUCUCUCUCUUUCUAUCUCUCUAUCUCCUUCUCCUCUGUGCAGUACUGUACGUAUGUGUGUAGAGUGUGUCUGUGUUAAGGGCUUAGUCUAAGCUGUAGGGUUGAGUCUCUCAUCCCUGUGUCUCUUCCACAGGUCCUGGCUUGGCCUUCAUUGCAUAUCCUAAAGCUGUGACUCUGAUGCCAAUGCCCCCGGUCUGGGCUGCGCUCUUCUUCUUCAUGUUGCUCGUACUGGGUCUUGACAGUCAGGUAGGACCAACUUUACACUACUGGACACAACACUUAUAUGGUUGCCAUUUGUUACAAACCUACAUUAUCUGGACCAAAUAACUCUCAAUCCACUGGGCAAAAACUGGUUGUAUCAACAUUGUUUCUACGUCUUUUCAACACCCCAAAAAAUCAAUGAGAUGACGUUGAACCAAUGUGGAAAACUCAUUGGAUUUGCAAAAAGUCAUCAAGGUGACAUCAAAGAGUAUUUCGUAUUUUUUUUCACCUAACUUUUAACCUAAAUCCAAUAACAUGGUGAAUUAUUAUUAUUUUUUCACAUUUAAUUCACGUUAGUUGACAACUCAACCAAAAGUAAAUCAAAAGUAGACGUUGAACAGUGGGAAGCUUACUGAGUACAGUUAAAAAAUAUUUGUGUUUUCCUCUCUUCUGUCCACAGUUUGUUGGAGUGGAAGGUUUUGUAACUGGGAUUCUAGAUCUCUUUCCUGGAAAGUAUUACAUGCGCUACAAGCGUGAAAUCUCUGUGGCAAUCUGCUGUUUAAUGUGCUUUAUUAUAGAUCUCUCCAUGGUUACACAGGUAAGCCACCGCCGUUUGACGGCAAUGGUGUUGAUUCCAUAUUGUGUAACAUAUCCAUAUCAGAUGGUAAUCAUAAAUGAUAGAUUAUUCAUUUUUCUCUUGUGUGUGCCAACAGGGAGGGAUGUAUGUCUUCCAGCUUUUUGAUUAUUACUCCGCCAGCGGUAUGACCCUGUUAUGGCAAGCAUUCUGGGAAUGCAUAGUUGUCAGCUGGGUCUACGGUAAGAAACGUUUACUUUUGUGACAAUUUAUGUAUUAACGUCCUAUAAAGAGUAGUUUCAAGUUUUAUUAGUCGUAUGUACAGGAUACACAUGGUAUAUAAGGGAUACCAAUAUUUGUAGUUGUGCUUGUUGUCCAUUCUUAGACGGACAACUGGAGUCUCUAACUGUGCCAUUCUGCGUGUACAGGUGCUGACAGGUUCAUGGAUGACAUUGCUCGUAUGAUUGGUUACCGGCCUUUUCCUUGGAUGAAGUGGUGCUGGUCAUUUAUCACUCCAUGUGUUUGCAUGGUAAGUAAUGUACAAUACUAUACACACACAGUAGUGUAGAGGAGGGCGUACAAAGGUGUAUAUAUAUAUAUGCUGUAUACCCACUUACUUUUCAGCUUUUACUUCAUACACUCACUUCUUAAUCCUCACGAUGUGUAUCAAAGUAGUGUAGUGGAGGUAUACACCAUAUCAAUUAGUAAGGCUGAUAGAACAGAUCAGAAUGUUUAGCUUUAAAAUGUUGAUCAAAACUAUUAUUUCUUCACACUUUAGGCCCAGCAGUGUGCACACGGCGGUAGGCCUUCGCGCAAAUGUUCCAAAAAAUGCAAUUCGCGGGAAUAUACAGUUCUAAAAUGCACACCGCACAUGCGAGCGAUUUCAAGGACAGAGAUGGAAAUAUCUGUUAGAAAUUUAGAAAGAUGGGAGAUCUAAAGAUGCAACAACUAUCAUAGGUUGCUAAUUUGAUUAGGAUAACGCCUUUUGGCUGCUAGACAAUGAAAGAAAGCUGAAAGAAAACCAAUAGAACAGGAGAACACAUAUGAGGAAGUCUUUAUUUCAUAAUUGCCUCCACGUUUAUAUGGUGGGAUUUUAGCUAUAGGCUACUUUGAAGCAAGGUAAGACAUGUCUCAUAAUAUGAAGUAAAACGUCCAGGUUUCAAAUAAUGAAGGAACAGGAAAAAUAUAGUGAUGCUUAUGAUAGGCCUAACCGUCUUCUGGUAGAUGGAAAGGCUUUCCCAGAAACCUUCUCAAUUAAAUGUUAACUAGCUACAAAGUAGCCUAUGCCUACCUGGCAGAAUGAUAUCAUGAUUAUUUGCAUUAAUCCAGUGGCCAUUUGUUUUGCAUCAAUCCAGUGGCCAUCUCAUGUGCUACAGAAACAACGCUAACCAAACAAAAGUGCUAGGUGCCUGUGCACUACAAUUAAAGGGUAACUACACAAAAAAAUCUAAACUUCUUAGAUUUUUAAAAGUGGUCUCCUGAUGUGGUUAAAGCAUUGUUAUGGACUUAGAACAACCAAUUUAGUUUUUCUACAAAAAAAGUGUGAAAAAUUCUGACUAAGUUGACAGCCUCAUUUAUCAGUUUCAAUAGUAGGACUACUAUUAUCCUACAACAGUACAGCUUUGGUUGGCCGGACUAUGAAAGACCAAUAUGGGAUUGAUCAUUUUAGGUCAUUCAGAGUGUUCACUUUUUCUCAUAGAAUCUUUCACACGGGGCACUUUUCCUCCGCGCCAUUUGGGAAAUUGUUUGGCAAAAUUAACGAAUACCCACUUCUCCAGUCAUCAAUACACCACUGUACACACACCUCUAGUCAUGACUACAUAGCCUGUCAAUGUAAAUGUGUGCCUAAUUGAACUGCCUGGUAAAAUAAUCAUGUUUUUUUUUUGUUGUCCUUCCACAGGGUAUCUUCCUAUUUCACCUGUUCAACUACAAGCCUCUUACCUACAACAAUACGUAUGUGUACCCGUGGUGGGGCGAGGUGAUUGGUUGGUGUAUGGCUCUGAUGUCCAUGCUCUGUAUCCCUGUCAGCGUGCUGUACAAGCUCUGCAGGGCCACGGGAACCUUCAAGGAGGUCAGUAUCGGUAUCAUACUGUGCUCCUUUACCAACAUGGGUGGCAGCUAGCCAAGCAGUUAGAGCGUUGGGCCAGUAACCGAAAGGUAGCCGAGCCGUCAAGGUGAAAAAUCUAUCGACGUGCCCUUGAGCAAGGCACUUAACACGUAUGCCCUCAAAGGAGUUUACCGUAUAAGCCGUGCGAAAAAUAAAAUGCAUAACAUACCAAAGUGUAAAUAAUGAAGGAAAAUCGGAACGUGGCAACCUCAGUUGACAGUUAACAUUAACACCAUGUAAUGAAUUGCAUUUCCUAUAAUUCCCCUUGGAAGAGCAAAGGAUAGCAUUGAGAUCAUAAACCAAAGUACAGUAGUAAAUGUCCAUGACUUUCUUUAUGUUUAGACUCAGGAUGUAGCCUACUCUUUAUGUUUAGACUCAGGAUGUAGCCUACUCUUUAUGUUUAGACUCAGGAUGUAGCCUACUCUUUAUGUUUAGACUCAGGAUGUAGCCCACUCUUUAUGUUUAGACUCAGGAUGUAGCCUACUCUUUAUGGUUAGACUCAGGAUGUAGCCUACUCUUUAUGGUUAGACUCAGGAUGUAGCCUACUCUUUAUGUUUAGACUCAGGAUGUAGCCCACUCUUUAUGUUUAGACUCAGGAUGUAGCCUACUCUUUAUGUUUAGACUCAGGAUGUAGCCCACUCUUUAUGUUUAGACUCAGGAUGUAGCCUACUCUUUAUGUUUAGACUCAGGAUGUAGCCUACUCUUUAUGUUUAGACUCAGGAUGUAGCCUACUCUUUAUGUUUAGACUCAGGAUGUAGCCUACUCUUUAUGUUUAGACUCAGGAUGUAGCCUACUCUUUAUGUUUAGACUCAGGAUGUAGCCUACUCUUUUUAUAUUGCUUUUUCACUCCCUCUGCGGUUUUUCAUUCACACCCAUCAGAAUGAGAAAUACAGCAGUUUGAUUAGUGUGGGUCUCCAUGUCUUAAAGGAACAUGUUUUCUCCUCUUUCAGCGUUGGGAGAAGCUGACCAAACCACAAUGGGGUCCCCAUCACCUUGAAUACAUGGCGCCUGAUACUGACGUCAAGAGCCUGGCCUCCCUCUCUGCCAGUACUGAAGACAAGGUUAUCAUCUUUGAAAGU